CCGCCUCGCGCCCCCGCCCGCCGCCUGCCAGACCAAGAUGGAGGGCGCUCUGUGGGCGCCGCGCUCCCUCCGGCUGCUCCUGCUCGCGGUGCUGCCGGCCGCUGGCUGGCUGACGACAGGCACCCUUGAGCCACCGCUGCCACAGAGAGCCCCGAAGGACAGCAUCAGAGUUAAUGUAACUACCCUGAAAGAUGACGGGGAGACAUCUAAAGAACAGGUUGUUCUUAACAUAACCUAUGAGAGUGGACAGGUAUAUGUAAAUGACUUGCCUGUAAAUAGUGGUGUAACCCGAAUAAGCUGUCAGACUUUGAUAGUGAAGGAUGAAAAUCUGGAAAAUUUGGAGGAAAAAGAAUAUUUUGGAAUUAUCAGUGUAAGGAUUUUAGUUCAUGAGUGGCCUAUGACAUCUGGUUCCAGUUUGCAACUAAUUGUCAUUCAAGAGGAGGUAGUAGAGAUUGAUGGAAAACAAGCUCAGCAAAAGGACGUUACUGAAAUUGAUAUUUUAGUUAAGAAUCAGGGAGUACUCAGACAUUCAAACUACACCCUACCUUUGGAAGAAAGCAUGCUGUACUCAAUUUCCCGAGACAAUGACAUUUUAUUUACCCUUCCCAACCUCUCCAAAAAAGGAGAAAGUGUUAGUUCGCUGCAGACCACCAGCCAGUAUCUUAUCAGGAAUGUGGAAACCACCAUAGAUGAAGACGCUUUACCUGGCAAAUUACCUGAAACUCCUCUUAGAGCAGAGCCUCCAUCUUCAUAUAAGGUGAUGUGUCAGUGGAUGGAAAAGUUCAGAAAAGAUCUCUGCAGGUUCUGGAACAGUGUUUUCCCCAUAUUCUUUAUGUUUUUGAACGUCAUGGUGGUUGGAAUUACAGGAGCAGUUGUGGUAAUAACCAUCUUAAAGGUGCUCGUCCCAGUUUGUGAAUACAAAGGAAUUCUUCAGUUGGAUAAAGUGAAUAUUAUACCUGUGACAGCUGUCAACUUAUAUUCAGAUGGUCUUGAGAAAACAGCAGAAAAUCUUGAAGAUAAAACACGUGUUUAAAAUGCCAUCUUAAAUCACGGACUCUGAAUUAGUCUAUUGGUUCAAAUUUGCCACUCGAAUAUAAUUUCCUUGAAAUCAGUAAGAAUCAGUUUGUAUCCUAGAAAAAUUGCUAAAUUCCUAAAACUGCUUAAGACUUGACCUUUAAAGUGACAGUUAAACUUCACCUUAUUCUGUAAUAGGACUGGCUGUUUAGAUGAUCAAUUAUUAAGGAAAAUUUAAGUGAAGUGGAAGAGAAGACAUGUGAAAAAAAGUUGAAACUACCAAAAAAGAAAAAAAGGCAAGACAAAAUGCCAUGUGCCAAUACUUUUCAAGGUGCCUUUGUUAGGGAAAUUAUAUCCACUUAAUUACUAUAAUAUAUAAGACUUUAUGAAAAGCACUUUAUGAAAUUCUAAUUUAAAAGCUCAAGAACUGAACACUUAUUUUUUUAUUCAGUAAAAUGUGCCUUUAUAUUAUGUGACUCAGUAUAAAAUCACUGAAGUGUAUCAUGAUUUGAUUGUAUCCUGUACCAAGACUACUUAACCUUGAAUGAACCAAGACUGUAAAAUAGUGACAUGUUCUCACUCUAAAAUAAACUUUUUUUUGAAGAAAAAAA